CUGCUGCAUUGGUUACCUUCAGUUCAUGUUGUGCAGGAUUUCUUCACAACCAUAACAGCUAGAGAUUAGCUCUCUCUCUGAAAUUGAAGCUGUGACUAGAGAUCCACUGAGAAGUCUGUCUGUUCUUUCUCCUCUAUUCCUUCUUCCUUUGCCAGUCUAGUGUGUGUGUGAGGAAACCUCACAAUCCAGUAAGCACUGAGACAGGAUCCCAGCAUAGGGGCCUGUACUGGAGGGAGGAUACAGGCCCUCCUACAAUGCCCCCUAGUGAGAUGUGAUUAUGACCCCUGAACCUAUCACCAAAGUGCAAAAGGACAAGGAACUGCUUCUCCUGGACUAGGGUAAAAGCUAAUUGGUGGAGCCUUGUGUCAACAGCAGCAAAGGCUGUGAGCUGGAAAGAGCCAAGGAAGCAUUUCAUUCUUCUGCUUGGGACUUCUUUUACUCUGUAAAGGGGGACUCUGAUUUGUCUGGAGGGACAAAGAAGUAAAAUCACCAGCAAGCCUAAAUAUCAGGGGAAAUUGAGUCACACCUGACCUGACUUCAGACUAGGGCUCGCUAUACAACAAGGAGGAGCAAACUGGACCUCAGCAUGAGAAGUCUCAUCCACAAAGUGAUCAGCAAUCUAACACCUGCUCAGCUCAUCCGGUGUUAUCUAUCCACAAAGCCCCCUCGUUCUGCACAGUUCACACAUCCUUGCAUGAGGAGGUUAACUGAAACCAAAAAUAAAAUGGACAUGGGGGUGGAAGAGGUGGAAGCAGGGAGCAGAGAUGUGACAAGUAUGCUUUUGACACUUGGAAGCCUCAGGAUGAGUCGUAAACAAAGCGAGGUCGGAACAUUUUGAAUCUAUAGCCAUAUGCAUCCUAUCUCAAGCAUUCACACAGUUGACAGAACACAGACAAUCAGCCACAGAUGGGAAGAGCCUUGUCACAGGUACUGGGAGCACCACGACAACCUCUCCGCUAGGGCUGUCUGACCAAGGUCUGAUCGCCCAGCCCCCAGGGGGUCUGCAGCGUGGCUGGCAGAGACGGCAAGGAGAGGAAUGCCAGCAUGAAGGGGAUAACAGAGAGAGAGAAGGUCUAUAACUUCCAGAUGGAAAGAAGCACAUAAUCCCUUUGGGAAGAAUUAGGGAAUCAUCAGCGCAGCUCAGCCUGGCGCGAAGGAAGCAAAACAUGACCCCUCGUUCUCCGAGAGCUUUGCACAGGUUCGGGUAAGAGGCCAGACUCUUCUCAAUGCAAACGCUCCCGGCCCCCUCCUCCAAACUGCCUGGCUUUGUCUUGUGGGGCCCUGUUGCUGCUUGGAGUCGGUCCCCAAGCACAGAACUAUUUUUUGUUUAAGAGAUUGCAUUUUCUUUAACCAGACUGCAUCCCCACCUCCGUCCCCUUCAAGAGGAAAGUGACUCCUAGCUGCAUUUAUCGCCAUUAACGGAGAGAUCCUUUUAUAAAGGCUAUUUUUUUUUAUGUCUCGUGGGAUUUUAAAAUAUUUUUCUUGCUGGGCUUUUCCUCCAUUCGAGAGCAUUUUGAGGAGUUGCUACGUGCGUGCCCAUGGCUUUAUGAACCGGAGGGAUCUGAGGACCUCUUCCUUUCACUCCCCUACCACUCCGACCUGUCCAUGAUGGGGCGAGAGCAGGAGCUGAUCCAGGCUGUGAAAAAUGGAGAUGUACCUGGUGUGCAGAAACUGGUGGCCAAGGUCAAAGCAUCCAAGAGCAAGCUCCUGGGAUCAGCCAAGCGACUGAAUGUGAAUUACCAGGACGUGGACGGGUUCUCAGCACUGCACCAUGCGGCCCUGGGCGGGAGCCUGGAGCUCAUCUCCCUGCUGCUGGAGGCACAGGCCACUGUUGACAUAAAGGAUAGCAAUGGGAUGCGCCCGCUGCACUAUGCUGCCUGGCAGGGGAGGGUGGAGCCAGUCCACCUGCUGCUGCGGGCAGCCGCCUCGGUCAACAUGGCAUCACUGGACGGGCAGAUCCCGCUGCAUCUGUCUGCGCAGUACGGGCACUACGAGGUGUCAGAAAUGCUGCUCCAGCACCAGUCCAACCCGUGUCUCAUCAAUAAGGCGAAGAAAACCCCCCUGGACCUGGCCUGUGAAUUUGGCCGGCUUAAGGUUGCCCAGUUGCUGCUGAACAGCCACAUGUGUGUUGCGCUCCUGGAGGGACAGUCCAAAGACACGAGUGACCCCAACUACACCACCCCUCUGCACCUGGCAGCCAAGAACGGGCACAAGGAGAUAAUCAGGCAGCUGCUGAAAGCUGGGAUUGAGAUCAACAGGCAGACGAAGACGGGCACAGCCCUGCACGAGGCAGCGCUCUACGGCAAGACGGAGGUGGUGCGCCUGUUGCUGGAGGGUGGCGUAGACGUGAACAUCCGAAACACCUACAACCAGACGGCCCUGGACAUCGUGAACCAGUUCACCACCUCGCACGCCAGCAAGGACAUCAAGCAACUGCUGAGAGAGGCAUCAGGAAUCCUGAAAGUCCGAGCUUUAAAGGAUUUCUGGAACCUCCACGAUCCGACCGCUCUCAACAUCCGGGCAGGAGAUAUCAUCACGGUCCUGGAGCAGCACUCCGACGGGCGCUGGAAGGGGCACAUCCACGACACUCAGAAAGGCACCGAUCGGGUCGGCUACUUCCCUCCCUCCAUCGUCGAGGUCAUCAGCAAGCGGACAGGCAUGACUCUUCCCCGCAUGGUGCCUGCACACCAGCGCCAGGGCAUUGCCGCCCCUCCCGGCGGGCUGCAGCCACUCCCAGCAGGAGACAGGAACAGCGUGGGCAGUGAAGGCAGCAUUGGCAGCAUUCGCAGUGCCGGCAGCGGGCAGAGCACUGAGGGCACCAACGGGCAGGGCACCAGUAUCCUCAUCGAGAAUGCCACGCCACUUCCCCCUGGUGGUGAGGACCUACAACAGCACCUCUUAGGAUCAAAUAGCCAGAAUGGGCAGCUGAACUCCCUGACAGGAACCCUUGGGCGCCAGAACCUGGCCAACUGUAACGCCAGCAACAGGAUCUUCUCUCACCAAUACCUCCGCCCUGAACAGCUCCUGGAGGGAAAGGAUGCAGAAGCCAUUUACAACUGGCUGAGUGAGUUCCAGCUGGAGUUCUACACGGCCAACUUCCUCAAUGCUGGCUAUGACGUCCCCACCAUCAGCCGCAUGACCCCAGAGGACCUAACAGCCAUUGGGGUGACUAAGCCGGGGCACAGAAAGAAAAUCUCCACUGAGAUUGGACAGCUCAGCAUUGCAGAGUGGCUGCCCAAUUACAUUCCUGCCGACCUGAUGGAGUGGCUGAGUGCCAUUGGGCUGCCCCAGUACCAUAAGAAACUGGUGAGCAAUGGCUAUGACUCCAUCAGCAUCGUAACAGACCUGACAUGGGAGGACCUGCAGGAGAUUGGCAUCAACAAGCUGGGCCACCAGAAGAAGAUCAUGCUGGCUGUCAAGAAGCUGACAGACAUCCGCAAGAACUUGAACCAAGCCGAAACCAAUCCGGCAAGACGCAAAAUCCCUGGGGCCCUGGACAUAGUCACCAUUGAGUCUGUUGAGAAUGGAGAGUCCCAGUCUCCGCACACGCCCAAGAUGAUCACCUUCCAGGACAGCGAGCUGAGCUAUGAGCUCCAAACAGCCAUGUCCAACAGCUGCCAGGAAACGCUGCCCAUGAAGAACACUCAGGGGAUGUCACGGAGUCAGGAGAGCAUUGGAGUCCGCUCCAGGGGGUCAGGGCAUUCUCAGGACAACAUGUUAUCCAGGACCAUCCUCUCCAGCCAUUCCCAGGAGAGCCUGGGCAGCGGCAGCAGCAGCAGCAGCAGCGGGCACUCUUCCACACAGCCCCGGCAGAAGGAGAACGCUAGCAUUCUGCCAGGGAGACCUAACCAAGAUAAUUACGGGAAGGUUAUUACCCAGCUGACCGCCCAAGAGGGACUGAAUGGCUACUCCAAUGGGUGUGGGGGAAGCCCUCUGAAAGAGAGGAACCUCCCUGAAGGGACCGAUCAGUACCAGCGGCCCGUGGCUCAGAAAGGCACCGUUCCACUGUUACAGCCAUCCAACUCUCUACCAGCAGCAACCCCCUGCACCCCACCCCAGACGCCCAAUAAGGGCACAGCACCCUAUGUCUUCAUGUAUCCUCAUAUCUCCUUGAAAUCCCCCAGUGUUCCUGAGCAGCCCAAGAACCCAGCGCACCUGUACCCCCAGUUCUCCUCUUCCCAGAGAAGCAAUCUCCAGUCAUCAGCUCAGAAAGCUUUCUCCUAUCUCCAUUCCCACUGCAGUGGCACGGAAUCACCAUACGUGUCUCCAAAGCCUGGUGCCACCCUGGACUCCUGGCAGGCUGGAGAACAGCAAAAUGGAGACACCUUCAAGUACAAGAAGCGCUCUCAUAGCCUGAACCGCUACGCUCUGUCGGAUGGCGAGCAUGAGAAGGAGGAGGUCCCCACUAGCACCCUAGGCUCCUACGCCACCCUCACCCGGCGCCCGGGACGGAGCCAAGUGCCACGCACCUAUCUGCAGUCAGACACCAAGGUCGUUCGCAGCCAGUCCUUUGCCAUCCGGGCAAAGAGGAAAGGGCCUCCACCCCCUCCGCCCAAGCGCCUGAGCUCUGUCUCCAGUGCCCAGGCUGUGGAGGCAGAAGCGGAGCAGGGUCUGGAAUCGGAGAGAAGGCAGACUGCUGCCCAAGAGUCGGUGGAUGUGGCUCCCUCACCAUGGCUGGGCACCAGCGAUGCAGGCAGCAGCCAAACAGUGACGAGCAAGGCUGCAGUGCUCGAGGUGUCCACUGUAGGUGGGAGUCCACCAAAGCCCCCAACUCCAGAUCAUCAGCUAGUUUCUAGAGCAGGCUCAGAUGGUCAGCCCUGUGGAGCCAGGGUCUCUGAAGGCUCCUGCAGCACAAGGCUCUCAGAUAAUGAGAGAGAUGCCUUUGAGAGCAACAGGCCCCGCCGACGCACGUUUAGUGAACCCAGCGUCACCACGACGGAGGCCUUGCAAAGCAGCCUAGAGGACGUCCAAUCUGACACAGAGGACUGUGAGAUCUCAUCAUCGUCCUCUCAGAACAGCUCCAGUGAGUGCAUUCCAUUUGCAGAAGAAGGCAACUUAACCAUCAAACAGCGGCCAAAGCCUCCUGGGCACCACAAGGCAGAAGCUACCAGCCUGGACUCUGAGUCCAACCCCCCAACAGCUACCAGUAUGGGGCCUCCCUGCUCUUCUGCUGGGAAGGAGCUGGGAGGAACCACAGCGAAAGAGUUGGAAGUGCUGGAAUUCAACCUCACCGAGUCUGACACGGUGAAGCGGAGGCCCAGGUACAAGGAGAGAGAGCCACUACAGACUCUGCUAAAAGCGUUCAGCUUGGCUGGCCAGAGCCAGGCUCUUGUGAAUCCGCCCCCACAAUAUGCACAGGCCCAAGCCGUAAGCAUCAUCGGCCCAGCGCCGGAGCCUGGGGGAAACGGAGACGUUUUUGAUGACGACAGUGUGGAAUUCAGAAUUGCUGAGAUUGAGAAGAGCAUCCUGUCUCUGGAGAAGGGGAUCAAAAAGCCUCCACUUUCUCUGAAAUCAGCCAGCCCUGGGGAGCUGCAUGGGGGUGCUGUCCUCCUGAGGACCUCCACUGUAGGGCCAGAUGCCUCAGCCAAGCACACGUCUGUUGCGUCUACAAAACUGGUAUUUUCAGGGCCAAAAACGAUUUAUCAGCAAGUCCUGCAGCCCUCCCGGAAUACCAUUGCCCCCUGGGCAACUGCCGAGAUGGCACCAGAGGUGGCAGGAUCCACGGCUGCUGCCUGCCCGUCGAAGCUGGAGAUUAGCAACAAGGCAGCCUUGAGCAGCGGGAUGCCCAUUUUUAUGAAGCCUUUGAGUGCCGCUCCGGAUCCAGCCCUGGCUCAGCAGAGACUGGAACAGACCAACUCUUCCCUGACAGCUGCGCUGCAGGCUGCUGAGAAAAAAAUAACAGCCGAGGAGUUGGACAGUCACUACGGGGCUACGCACUCAGCUAAUAACAUCCUGGAAGACAUCAGCAACAUGUUCGAUGUCCUGGCUGACCAGCUGGACGCCAUGCUGGACUGAGACUCGGUCGCCUGCCACUCCUCCCCAGUUGCUGUGCUAAAGCCUGAAGGGGGAUGGCCCUGAACUCUGCCCAGGGAUCACUACAGCUGCUCUGAUCUUUCUCCCUCCUGCACUUUAGGGCUUGGAGUGUGCACCUCCCUCACCUUUCCUGGCCCAGUCACAGCCCCAGGGAAUUUCCCAUAUGUCCCUUUGCAGCUGCAGGAGACAAGCACAAGGAAGAGGCAACUACACCUUUUCGCCCUCAGCAGCGUUUGAGUGAGUGCAGUAACUCUCACUCCUGGGGGGCCAGCCUCCCCCAAGAAAUGAGCUCCUCUUCCUCUGACCUCCACACAAAGCUUCCUCAGGGGCCUUCUCCUCACUAGCCCCAGUGCUGAGUCCUGCCUCUUAUUAUUUAAACCCUGCCAAAAGCAUGUUGAGGGAGAGGACCUCCUUGGGCAGGCACAGCAGAGCCAAGCACUUAAUGCGCAGCCCCGGCAGGGCCUGUCGGCUGCUGAAAUAAGACGGGACUUGUUGCAGCUUGGCAGCUCUCUGGUGAGAAGAAACCUGCCUGCUUUAUUUGGUGCUUUUUAAGCACGUCACUGUAAGGCAGCGUGUAAUCCAAGUGGAUUUAAAUCCCCACAGCAAUGCCCUCGGAGCCGCGCUGGCACGUCUGUACCCCAUAAAGGAGCAAACAGGCUCAGCACUUCACAACAGCUUUGUCAGGAAAUUAAGAUCUACCUGACCCCCUCCCUAAGCUUCCUGCAUGGAUUCAUUCCUGGUAAGUGGCUGCUAGCCAAAGACUGGGAUGAGCAUCUUUUGGGCUAGUCAGUGGCAGUCUGGCUGGAGCAUAUUGCCCUCUGCUGGCUCUGAUUGUAAGAGAUCCCUACCCACACCCUCUGCAGUAUUGCAUAGCCAGUCAGUUGGGCAGGAACAGGUUGUGUUUUUGUGGCAAACAUGUUCUCUUCUUUCCAUGUGACCACUCUAGGGAGGGAAAUAGACCUGGAACAAGACUCAAAGCUGAGUUGGAAGCAAAGAUUUUUUUUAAAUGCUAGCAGCAUUUGGGGACCUGUGAAGAUGCUUCUUAACCCUACUAAACACUGACCAGCUUCUAGAAGAAUGGAGCUAGAAACGACCUCACUGCACUAAGUUAGUUUUAGCUCCCUGACAGCUACUGUAAAUAGAAGUUGGAUUCACUCACCUCGACAGGGCUGAAGCAAAGGAACAGCAGCCUCAAUUUUUUCAUUCCUAGCAGCAGUUAUAGAUGGAGUGCUUUAAGAACAAAUUUUUCUUGAAGGAUCUGUAUAGGGUCACCUGAAAUGCCAAACUAAUGAAUGCACCAGAGCAAUAAAAGGGAAAAUUUGCACAUUUUCUACUAAGGGGUCAUUUGUUGCCAAAACCACCAAGCAAAUCUAACUUUAAAAAAUUAAAGCUAAAUUAUGAAGGUGACUGAAGGAAGCAGCAGCCUUCCUCAUGCCCCAGGGAAAUUUGCAUUUCAAACUAUUAGACUGUUUACGGCAUCAACUCUCCAUGCACUGGAAAGAGAACAGCCCCUUGUAAAAGCCACCCAUCCCAGCCCAUGUUUUUCUCAGCGACUUACUCAUUCGUGUGGUAAUAGUUUGUACCAUGAUCCCUACUGGCAGGAGAUGGAAUUCAUGCCAAUCAAGCUUUGUUUUCACAUAGAAAGCAGUCAGGUGGCAAGGUCAGGCUGUAGAUUUGACGCUAACCCAUCUUGGCCCUAGCUAGUCAGUAUCUUUGUACAUUACGUUGCCUGAAAUAUGGCCCUGUGUGAAACGGCAAGUGCUACAAAAGUGAACUUUAAAACUAGCUGCAACCAGUGGCACUUUAUAAAAAGGGUUUUCAUGUCCCACAAGUUGACUUGGGACUAGUCCAACUUUUUCAAUGUUGAUAAACUGUAAAUUUUUUUUUUAAAAGACAAAGUGUAUAUAUUUUAAAUGUGAUUAUAUAUUUACUAACCAGAUUUCAAAGUGUCAUUAUCUAGGGACAGGGAUAAGAGAGACACUGGGGUAGAACUGCAUUACUCUGAGCCACCACAGGGGCAGCAGAAUGCUGUUCUUAUGGUCAAUAACAGAAUUACGUAUUUGUUUUUCUCUCAGAGGAAUGCUUAUUUUUCAAGUUCUAGAUCUUUAUUUUAAAGAUAUUGUAUGCUGUGUAAAUUAUGUAUGGGCAUGACUGUGUCUAACGAACCCCUGUUCUUUGCAGCCAGGGAGCUAGGGAAAAAAUAGUCCACGUAAUCGCCAGACUGACAGAUUUUAAACCAUCUGGACUGUUUGUGUUAAUCAUGCAGUUUGUUUUCCACUAACCUCAAUUAAGACUUAAUUCUAUUAAACAGUGGGGCUUUUUUCCCGUUUGAUAGUUCUGCCUAAUUGACUCAGUUGUUUCUUUCGUGUUAAUACCAUUGUCCACUUGCUCUCCCUGAGGGUGUCUCCAGGGACAAAAAUCCUACCAUUGACUUCAGGGGGACUAAGAUUUAGCCUUACAGGUUACCACUGUAGGGUGGUCAAAAUUAAGGGAACUGAUGGCACAGAGUAAUGGUUAGAGCACUGGGCUGGAAGCCAGAACACCUGGCUUCUGUUCUUCCAAUGUUGGCUUAUCAUGCAACAGUGAAACAAGUCACAUCUUCUCAGGGCUUUAGCUACAUUUUCAAGGCAAGAAAAUACUUCCUCCCUAACCCAUU